CGCCCUCGAUUCAAAGCAAACAUGUUAGUGACUUUCCACACGGGAAUACGCUCUUCAGGUCCUUCCUCUCGCAAGUGCGACGACGCUUGACUGCACCUCGCCGCACAGAUCGCAUUUUCACACCCAUUCUCAAGCCAUGAGUGACCGCGAGUUCAGUGGCAACGACGACCUCUCUCUGCCUAAAGCGACCGUUCAGAAGAUCAUCACAGAAAUCCUAGCGCAUGACCAAGGCGUGACCUUUGCGCGGGAGACGCGCGACUUGCUAAUAGAAUGCUGUGUCGAGUUCAUCACAUUAAUCUCUAGCGAGGCCAACGAGAUCGCGGAGAAGGAAGCGAAGAAGACUAUUGCGUGCGAACAUGUCACCAUGGCAUUGAAGAGUUUGGGCUACGAAAGCUACAUUCCAGAGAUCCUAAAAGUUGCCCAAGAGCAUAAGGAGCAGCAAGUGGGACGAGAACGCAAGCAAAACAAGAUCGAGCAGAGCGGUCUGACGGAAGAGGAGUUGAUUGCACAGCAGGAGCAGCUAUUCAGAGCAGCGACUAGCAAAUAUAAUGCCGAGCCUGCCGAGUGAAAUUCCCACAGUGGAUUUGGAUGCACUCCAGGACUGAAGGACACCUUUACGACACCAAAAUGCGCCCGCAAAGUGAGAUACAUAAGGAGUACAUGCCAUAAAAGAUGUGGGAAGGCAUCAGUGGAAGUACCAGCUACAUGCACCGCAUGAGUUUCUUGGGGGCUGUGUUUGAUAGUGGUGCCCGCAAUGCAUUUGGCAUCGAAGUGACUGUUAGGCACUUGCUGGACAGCACCGUACGGUCGUGCGUACUAGAACAUAUUACACGUGCCAUGACACAGAA